CCACGCAACAACCCUCACAUCAUUUACUACCUCUUUCUCAAUCACACCCCUACUGCCGACCCCACCCAACCUACCUACAUCCUCUCCAAUAGCGACGCCCUCUCCUCUCUGACCUACGCCUUUGCCACUACCCCCGAAUACUAUCAUUCCUGGCUGGUCUUCAAGUUCGUCCAGUGGGAAGCGUUGAGAGCGAGUGCCGAAGUGGACAUUCCAGCAAUGGCCGAUCUAUCCCCCCUCGCCUUUCCUCCAACGCCGUCCACCAUGGAUAUUUCCAAGGCCAUUAUCGACCUUUGGAAGUCUCUCGACCCAGCGGCCAUUCUCGAAUGGGAAGAGCUGACACGCGACAUCCGGAGCGCCUACGCCCAGCUGGUUUCUCGAUUCGGUAACGGUGUCGUGUUCGACGGCGACGCUUGGGAAGAUCAAAGGUACUACCACGCACGGAGUCUGUUCUACAAGUGGAUGGGCUAUCAGUCCAUGCAUAGCACAAUACAAAAUGAUCCGACGGCCAUAUACGCACCAACAUCUUUGGCCCCAACGACACCCCGUGGUCGUUCGAGGCAAUAUAGCGAGAUUUCGAUACAAUCACCAAAUCGUAGAACGGCUGUUUGGUUUGUGAAUAGAAUCCACCGUUCAGAAAAUAGAAUCCUUACCAAUGACUCUCCCGAUCGAUUGCGCCCAACGCCCGGCUUUGGCACAACCAGGACGCUCGUAAUAUGCUCGAAAAUUAUAGAAGCACCAGUGCCUUUCCUGGACCCAAACACAACAGAAGAUUUAGA